UUAGACUUGGAGCGGCUCUCAGCGCGGCACAUAAACACACACAGCCCGGGCGCAGAGUGCGAGCUGAGCGCGGCACAGCUCCUCUCCGCUCCCACACGGACUUACUUCACUCUUACUGAGAGCAAAAAGAAAAGAAAAGAGAAGGAGAACAGAGAGAGAGAGAAUUACAUUUCUGAUGAAAACUCAUCAACUUCGGCGUCUUUAAGACCAAGUUCCAUUCAACUUGCCGUUUGCCUGUUUUAUCCUCUCUUUGCAAACUUCUGCUGGAUAUGCACAGGGAAUUAUUAGGGCUCUAACAACAUAUGUAAAGACGGAACCGCUACAGCAAACAACCCCCGGUUCGGAAGAGCGCGUGCAGCCGAGCUGUGAGUCCCAGGACACUUGCAGCGCCGCGCGACCUCAGAGAGUAUCAGCAUUAGAGCCCCGUCGCGUGCCCGUCCCGCGCGCCACACCGAGCACGAUUCAGCGAGCAAAGGGUCCGCCAGAUCUAUGGCAUUGUGACAAUGAGCAGGCGAGCACAGUUAUUGGAGCAGCUGCGUUUUGUUCAUCUAAAAUGCACUCCUCGAGACAUGCCCUGCGUCCAGGCCCAGUACGGCCCUGCGCCCCCUGGGUCCAGCUACUCUGCCCAGUCGUUCGGUUACCACAGCGACUACAGCGCUGACCUCAUGGCGACGGACUACGCCAAGUGCGAGCUGGGCGGGGGUGAGAUUUCGGCAGCUGCCGCCACUACAUCGUUGCCCAGCUUCAACGUGUUCGUGGAGGGUGGUUUUGAGCCCAAGCCUUCCUGCCUGUAUCAGCUGCCCCCUCAGCGGCCCACCAUCAAGAAGGAGGAGGAGAGCUACCCUCCAAUGGCUGUUUCGGACGAAGCUAUGAGCGGCUCCAUGUACUUUAAGCAGUCUCCACCCUCCACACCCCCAACUCCGCUGCACCCUGGACCACCAGGGGCAUCCUCCUUUCUUUGGGACGAGCCCCAUGCCCUGCCCCCUGUUCCCCAGCCCUGCAUCAUGGAGGGCGCUCUAAAGGGCCCGCGUUUUCCACACUUCUAUGAGCCCCCAGCCCCCUCCUCCAGUGGCUAUGAAGGACCAAUGGGCCUGCCGCUCCGUCCUGAGCGCUCUCCUUCAUCGUCCUCCUCUUCUUCACACCCACCACCUAGCCUGGACACUCAUGCACACAGUCACACGCAUCCGCACAUGUACCCACUGAACAUAGGCAAACCCAGCAGCCUGGCCUUCCGCUCGCUGGGCAUGGGCCCGUGCCCACCCUCGCUGCUGGGCGAGAGCCUCCCAUCGCCGCCCAGCCGGGCCAGCUCUGGGGAGGGCACAUGUGCCGUGUGUGGAGACAAUGCUGCCUGCCAGCACUAUGGGGUCCGGACAUGUGAGGGCUGCAAGGGCUUCUUUAAGAGGACAGUGCAGAAGAACGCCAAGUACGUGUGUCUGGCCAGUAAAAACUGCCCUGUGGACAAAAGGAGACGGAACCGCUGUCAGUACUGCCGCUUCCAGAAGUGUCUGAGUGUGGGCAUGGUGAAGGAAGUGGUGCGCACAGAUAACCUGAAGGGGAGGAGAGGUCGUCUGCCGUCCAAGCCAAAGAGUCCGCUCCAGCCUGAGCCAUCCCCUCCCUCACCCCCUCUCAGCCUACUCAACGCUCUGGUCAGAGCCUACUCCCAGUCCAUACCCCGAGAACUGGACUACAGCCAGUUCAGCGCAGUAGAGACGGGUGGUCUUGCCGAGGCUCAGCAGAUUCAGCUGUUCUACAGAGUGUUGACCGGCUCCAUGGAGGUCACACGCUGCUGGGCAGAGCGACUGCCGGGAUUCUCAGAGCUUCACCACGACGACCAGAACCUACUUAUAGACUCCGCCUUCUUAGAGCUGUUUGUGCUCCGCCUGGCCAACAGGUCGUUGUUGGCAGAGGAGAAGUUUGUUUUCUGCACAGGGCUGGUACUCCAUAGGUUGCAGUGUCUGCGAGGCUUUGGAGAAUGGCUCGACUCCAUCAGAGACUUCAGCUCCCAUCUUCAGAGUCUGAACCUGGACUUGCCAGCCUUCUCCUGCCUGUCCGCCCUAGUGCUGCUCACAGAGCAAUGUCCUGGUCUCAAAGAGCCCAAGAAGGUGGAGGAGCUGCAGUCUAAGCUCGUCUGCUGCUUGCGGGAACACCUCAGCUCUGGCGGGAUCGGGGGCGUGGCUGCUGUAGGCAAGGCCCCUCCUCCCACAGCUGCCGUGCUGGGCCUGAGGGCAGAGCUCCGGUCUCAGCGCACUCAAGGCCUCCAGAGGAUCUUCUACCUGAAGCUGGAGGAUUUAGUCCCACCCCCUCCACUCAUCGACAGGUUCCUGGACACCCUGCCCUACUGAUGGCUCUAAGACACGCUCACAAAGCUCACAGACACACCCACAAAAAGCUCACUGAGACACGCCCACGGCAGCUAUGCAGACGCAUCACUGAGGGGCGGAGCCUGUUGUCCAGAGAGACUCACGAACUACAUUUCUAAUGAGUCUCUAGUGUGACUUUGGUGGCACAGGAGCUCAGCCAGAGAAGAGCUUUUUUCACUUUGGCUCUGCAUUGGAAAAUGUAGAUGUUGGAAAUGUAUGGUUGUGUGGAAGAGUGUGUGUAUGUAUGUUGGGGUGGGGGGCAGAGCUGUUCUUUUGGACUAUGGUUCAAUGUAUCGUGGGAAAUGAGUGCAUAUGUGUAUGCAUGUGUGUGUUUGAGGGAGAGAGCAUGGAAGGAUACUUCUUUUUUAAUAAGAAUGCUGUCAGAAUACUUCGCUGUCAUUCAUCUAGACUACGAGGGCAACAGCUGUUUAAUCACACAUGCACACACAUACCUACUCUUUUGCAGGAGUGUGGUAAGGGAAUACUCCAACAUUUUUUUAACCUGAUCUGCACUAUACGGUGGAUUACUAUGGAAAAUAAUUCCAAUACAUUUCCCUGUUCUUACGAAAGAGCACACUUUGCUCAAAGACUCAAGACCAGUGACAUAGCCAGAAUUUCAUUUUAGGAGAUGGUAUGGUAAUCGCUAAUAGAUUGUAUCUAUCGCGAUGUUUACAUGGUUCUUGUAAUCUGUAUUUCCUUUUAACUUAUAGUCCAUGUCCUAUGUUAGUUUUGAUACACUGUCUGGAUUCUAUAGCAGCACGAGGCAGCAAUUUUUGUUACUAUGGUCGUGCUAACAAAAAAGAUAAAGCUGUGCUGCAGCCUUCCACACCUGGAACACACACACACACACACACACACACACACACACACAUAUAUAUAUAUAUAUAUAUAUAUAUAUAUAUAUAUAUAUAUAUAUAAACUGAAUGACAUUGUGAUUAUGUUAAAGUUGUUAAAAUCUAAAAAAAAUAGAGGCUAAUAAUAGUAGGAGACUAUAGUAACAUAAGGCUUUUGGCUAACUAGCACAGGAAGCUUUAGCCAUGCCAUUAAUUUAAUGAUUUAUAGGCUGUUAGCAAGUGAAAAAGUUUCUCUCUUUUAUUAAUUUUGUUAAAUUUUCUCCCUAAUUUAGUCACUGUGAAUUCAACCCAUUAGCUAAGUCUCCCCUUAUCAUAUCACGCUACCAAGCUAGGAGGGCAAAGGCUAGCAUGUGAAGCACCACUGCAUUUUUACGAACUGUUACUAGCACCCAUCAUGAGACAGAUCAGUGUGCCUAGAGGCUUGCAUCGUUCGCUAGUAUCACACUAGUGGGGAGAGGAAGGGCCAUCCUACUCAUCCACACAGAGCAAGGCCAGUUAUGUUCCCUUUGACUCCUGGCCAUGGAUGGCAUGGUCAGGGAUCAAACUCACAAUCUCCUAAUGAUAGGGUCAAUGUGCCACAUGCCACUCACAAUACGGUAAUCAAUCGGUGAUGGCUAGGGGCAGUAAUUGGACAAUGGUAUAGUCUUAUUGGGGGGCAGCUAGGAAGCAUUACAUUCCAGAGAAAUAGCUUAUAGUGAGGAUAACCACCUAGCCAGCUAGCCUACUUCAUUGUAGCUACCAUAACCAGAGAGAAAAAAACACAACAAAUGGUUGCUGACCUAGAUAGUUACUAUAGCAACUGAUGGAAUGCUAUGGCACGUAAAGGCUAUUUAAUCAAAAGCAUACCUAUCACAGCACCAGGGUAGAUGUCCAGGAUAACGGUUAAAGAUUGCGAUUUUCUCACUGUUCUUUGUCACGGCAAGAAAAUCAAAAACUGAUUGCAGCAUUGAAUGUUGUUUUCUUCACCAGGGUAAACUAACUAAGUAGCAGCCGAUGUCAAGAAUUAGCACAGCUCAGCUAAGUUCCCACAUCUGCAAAAGCAGUAGAUCAGGCAACGAUGUGUAUUUGUUGCCGUCAAAAGAAAAACAUUGUUCCUUGCCUUAUUUAACAGCAAUGCAUACGACCAGUGGUGGCAUGCAGCGAUGUAAACAUUGCCACAGUCUUAGUGAUUGGGAAAAAUGAUUUAUGUUCAAUGGGCAACACAUAAUACAAUUGACAUCAUAGAACUUUUUUCUUUUUAGAAGACAGAAAUCUGAGGCUUGUCCUCUACGUGAAUGGGCCUAGGCCCUCCAGACAACCCCGCAGUUGCAACUGCUUUCUUCAGAACACACGUUUACAUUUAUGGCAUUUGGUAGACGGUCCCAGAGCGACUUAUCAUUUUAAUCAUGUUAGGUAGGUGAAUGUGGUGUUAGGAGUUAUGCGGUUGUUGGUACAGUAUGUUAUGCUUUGCUCGGGGGAAAUGAACUGUUACCUGCUGACUUCCAUGUUAUAAUACUUAUGAUAGUAGCCAAAGGGCAGUUGCUUCAGCAUGUGCUUUUCAAAUUUUAUUAAAUACAGAGAAACACUUAUUCUGUACAGAGAAAUUGUUGUGUGUAUUAAUCCACCAUAUUCUACAGAUGCAGCACAUAGAAACUAAGUUGAAAAAUGCUGGAGUAUUCUGUUAAGCAUCUCUAAGAUAAGCUUUAGACAAAUGAAUCAACCAUCAUCCAGACAGACAGACAAAAGUGCAUUAAAAUUUCUAAACACAGAAUCACACUCUGUUUCACCCAAAAACUGCAUACAAGUGCAAUUUACUAAGUGCUAUUUAACAGAACAACAAAUAACAGAUUAGCAAGCGGAGCAAGGAGGAAAGCAAUGGAAAUAAGGGAGUGUGUGGGUUCCAUUUCUAUUUCAACUCUAAAUUAUUUUAAUACUAAGGACUCGCCUUGUGAGGUGAAGGUUUUAAAACCGAGCAGAAAAGAGAUUUUCUCAGACCAGUUCUGCGCACUAACUCAUUAAUGACCGCGAGUUCCACAAACUUGAAAGGACUGUAGAUUUUUUUAUUUUAUUUUCUGGUUUCUAAAAAAUCAGAGAAUUGUAGUGUAGGACUGUAGAACUAAAAAAAAAAAGAAAAGCAAGUAAAGGAGAAUUUGGGCUACAAGCACUUAAAAGGAGAAAGAGAGGGGGUAGAGUGAGGAGCAAGGGAGGAUAAAAAAAAGAGACGUAGUGCAGGAGGAACGAAACAUUCCGCGUUCAUGUUCAUUUUUUUGUAAGUUUAUAUUGUUAACGCCAUUUAUUAAUAUGGAGGACUUGUUGCAAAAAAUGUCUUUUAUUUGUACAAAAAGGAAAAAAAAACAUAUGCAUGGUUUUCUCUUUAUCGCCUUUCUUGCCUGUAUUUAUUUUGCAAAGACCGCCGGCUCCUAAAGGGCUUGGACAUGUUCAUCACCAACUUGGGCUUUUCUUUUUGCUAACGUUGCCCAGUAGGCAACAUUUUUGAGAAGAGAUGGAAGAAGUAAAAAUUAUAUAAAUAUAUAAAUAUAUAUAUAUAUAUAUAUAUAUACACACAAGACGAAAACUAAUAUUUUGAAGUGUUUUUAUUCAAUAGCUUUUUUCAAAUAUUGUGGUACGAGUUGUGCAUUUGUUUGUUUGUUUGUUUGUUUUUUCUUUUGGAGAAAGAAACAAGAUGGCAAAAAAGAAAAAAAAAAUCAAUGUCUCUUCUGGUUUGUUUAGAUUUCUUUUUUUCUCUUUGGUUCACUGGAGGCUCUGUUCAGCACUUUGAAAUCAUAAAGAAAAGAAAAACUGA